AAUGGACAUACAUUAUACAUAUACAUACACAUUGAGAGAGAAGGUGGGGAGAGAGAGAUGGAAAGUCUGACGGAAGAGGAGAAAAGGGCUCUGAGAGGAAGCAAAUUCGCUCCUCUUCCAUCUGCGCCAACUCAGACCCGAUCCCAACCCAGGCAGGCUCAUCCUGGGGGGCCAUUGAAGACAAACAAGGCAGCUGCUCUUGCUAAAUUCCUUGAAAGAAAGCUUCAGGAGCCAAAUGGGUUGGCUUCUGUGGAUCCAAAGCUUGUUGAAUUAGCUGUGAAGAAUGCCAAAGAAACUGUUCAAUGCAGUGGAACUUCAACAUCAGGAAGAAUGAUUCAGCAUGUCAAUACUUUUGGGGACUCUGAGGACUCUGAUGGAGAAGAGAAAACAGAGACCUCUGUGAUGAAGAAGCAUAAGCAGAAGAAGAAACAGAAAAAGAAGGAAAAGAAGGAGAAGAAUAAAAAAAAUAAACAAAAGAAACUUGAGGAUUCCAUUGCCAAUACAUCAAAAAGACCGAAAAAGAAGCUGAAACUAUGAUCUACAUCGAAGUUUGGAGUGUUAUCGGCAGAUGCACGGGAAGCUGAAUCUGUUAAACAUGGAACUUAGGAUCUUGGAUUGUGAGACCCAUUAGCUCCAAAAAAAAUGCCUUUUUCUUUACUUUCUGGAUUACAAUCUGAAAAAGAAAGCACGAACUAAGUUUGUUAGAAUAGAUGAAUAUAAACGUUGUUUUUCACUGUUGUCCAGUCCUUUUAAGCUUGAAGCACAAAGCCCACUUUAGCCAUGCUUACAUUCAGUGACACUUCAAUUGUUCCAAGUUGCAAAGUGUUACAGCAAUACUGAAAAAUUCUGGAAUGUUCUGAACCGAUUAGGCCA